AUGGGGAAAUUCCACUUCCAAGUACCACUAUGCUCAAUUGUACUCUUGUCUUACUCUUUUGUGCAUUGCAUCAAUCAAGACCCUAUAGCCGUACAAGAUUGGUUCAAAGGUCUAGACACCAUGCAAGAAAAGGUGACUAAACUUCACUUUUACUUCCAUGACAUAGUUAGUGGCAAUAGCCCAACCGCUAUGAGGGUGGCUAAGCCGACAGGCUACACUGGCUUAGUCAACACCCUCACAGGGUUUGGCAGUGUGGUCAUGGCCGAUGACAUGCUUACCACUGGGCCAGAACCCAACUCAACUGUUGUGGGUCGGGCCCAGGGGUUCUAUGCAUCAGCCUCGAUGGAAGAUAUUGGGUUUCUUAUGACCAUGAACUUGGCUUUUAGUGAUGGAGAUUUUAAUGGCAGCUCUCUUAGCCUUUUGGGACGAAACCCAGUGUUGCAUGAGUAUCGUGAGAUGCCGAUUGUUGGUGGUUCCGGUGUUUUUAGGAUGGCUCGGGGAAUAGCGACUGCGAAAACGUAUAAAUUUAAUUUGUUGGGUGAUGCGGUUGUUGAAUAUAACGUUAUUGUGGUUCAUUAUUGA